AUGGCCGACCUCUCCACCCUCCGCGAGGUCAUCCUCCCCUCGCUCUUCUCCUGGAAAUCCCUCGCCAUUGUGCUCGCCUUACUCAAUCUCAAGAAUAUUCCCUUCUCGUGGCAUAUCCGCCUCCUAACCCACCUCCUCCUCAACCUCCGCCGCUCCCCGACCUCCCCUCCCUUCCCUACCUGUCCUCCACCCUCCACCCUCACCACCAAGGAAAAGACAAUCCAAACCCACCCCAUCUUCUACCCGCACACGCUCACUACGCGCACCUCCCUCUGGGAAACCGACUACAACUUCCACAAAUCAAACAGCACCUAUUUCUCCGAUCUGGACAUCUCCCGAACAGCCAUAGUAACGAGAGUCUACACACCGGGUUUAGCGCUCGUGAGCUUGGAACUCGACCACGAAUUGAGGAAUGGGAAAGAUGAAAAUGCCAAGGUCAAUGCGGGAAAGAAGGUGUAUGUCGCGCUGGGAUCUACCUAUACCAGCUUUAAGCGGGAGAUAGGGCCCCUGCAGAGGUAUCGGGUGUUGAGUCGGAUUGUGGGCUGGGAUCGGAAGUGGGUUUAUGUGCUCAGUGCUUUCGUGAGUAUUCCUUCUGGGAAGAAGGGGAAGGGGAAGGGGAAGGUGUUUGCUACGGCUGUGAGCAAGUAUGUGGUGAAGAAGGGGUGGGUUACUGUUCCGCCGNAGAGGGUGUUGAGGGCGAGUGGGAUGUUGCCGNAGAGGAGUCUUGCUGAUGGGGAGAAAGAUGAGGAUGGGGUGGUGGUUGAGGAGGAGGAAGAGGGGACGGUGGAGGGGAUUGUGGAGGGGGUGGGGGAGGUGUUGAGUAAGGAUAAGGAGGGUGAUGAUGGGAAAGGGGAAGGAGUGUCGGAUUGGACGUGGGAUAUGAUUGAAGAGGAGAGAGUGCGUGGGAUGAAGAUCGUCGAGGGAUAUGUGGGGUUGGAUGAGAAGUUGUUGGCCGAGUGGGAGUAG